AAAGCAGGGAAUUUUCUCUGGGUCAUCCAAUUUUAUUCUGAUCUGAGUUUCUGAAUUCUGACAGACUUGUCGGCUCCUCGCUUCUGCUGUGGACAGUGAUCUGUCGCCAUCUUGCAUUAUUUCUUCGUAACUGAAGCUUUCUGGGCGUGUAACUCGGUUAUUUUGGUCUUCUCAUAAAGUUCGCCUAUUUAUUCACUUCUUGUACCUGUGACUAAACCAACUACACAAUGGGAGUAGAAGUUCAAGUUAUUUCGCCCGGAGAUGGUCAGACCUUUCCGAAGGUGGGACAAACUGUUGUAGUCCAUUAUACAGGCACUCUUGAAAAUAACGAGAAAUUCGAUUCAUCCAGGGACAGAGGCUUACCUUUCAAAUUCCGUCUUGGAAAGGGAGAAGUUAUCAAAGGCUGGGACCAGGGUGUUUCUCAGAUGUGUGUUGGUAUGCGAGCCCGCUUGAUCUGCUCUCCAGACUUCGCCUACGGAUCUCGUGGUCAUCCGGGCAUUAUUCCUCCCAACGCCACCCUUAUAUUCGACGUUGAAUUGCUCAAGGUCGAACCUUGAAUUAAGACUGUUUUAACCUAAUUUAAUCCUUGGAAGAUCAAAUAAUAUUAACUAUACAAUUGACUUGAUGUAUUUUUGAUUAUUUAGAUAGUUCGCCGUAAAUUGAGCUCUCCAAUGUUUGAAGCAAUAAAUUUUAUUCUUAGCUAUUGUCCCAACUGAGAACUAUGUUUUUGGAGAAUGUAGCGUGGAGUGAACACUAGUUUUAUCUCGUUUUAUGUUGGGACUACUGAGAAAUACUGGGACAAAUGAGACUACUGAGGUCUAUAUCCAUUACUUGACAGACUCAUUACACAUUCAAAAAUAUAAGAUCAUAUAUUUGGUGAAAUCCUUGAUCAACGAUCUUUAAUGGUGGAAUAGGUCAUAUCUUUUAUCAAAUCCGAGUAGAGAGUCCGAUCUCACUAGACGUCAAAUCAAAGUGUAAAUUUAUUUGUACAGUACGCGUCCCAUAGCUUUGCCUCCGUAACUUUGAAACGGUAUAAGGCAAGGUGGUUCGCGGGUUAAUAUCCACGUCUUUGCAAAAGCGUUCGUCUGGACCGUCUCUAUAGAUGAAGGAUGCUCCCUACAGAGGCUGUGCAUCAAGAAAGCCCCCUACUGAGCUUCUGAGCUUACUGGAAUUUUUCAACGCGAUAGAUGACGUGUAUGUUUAACGCUCUGUAGAAUUUCUGCAAAAAUACUUAGUCUCAUGAUUCUUUCUUGAAAAAUAAAUUCGAAUUGUGUAUACACGAAUUAUAAAAAACAAAACAAAAAAUUCGAUUAGUAAAUUUUUCAUGUCAUGAAAAUUUAAAAGUUCCAAAUUUCUCGAUUUAAGUACCUCGUUUAUAAAAGAUAUUUGACUAAUUUCAAUUUUAUUGUCAUAAUUGUCAUCCUCAAACAAUUAUCCUGAUAUUACUAAAGUUUCAUCAAUUUCUGAUUAUUAGUUUGAGAGUUACUCAGUUGGAAUCGGAAAGGGAACACUUUUUCAAAUCAAGUCUGAUUCUUAUUAUAUUCUAUUCAUCUUCUGAAUGAGUAGAUUUAAAUUAAAAGUUCAAAGGCCAAAAAUAGGUUUUAUAGGAUUACGUCUUUUUAGAGCAAUCCUAGAAAGUUUUCAAAAAUGUUCAAUGUUUUUGAACAGAUAGUACAGAGUGUUUGAAAAAGGACUCCCUAGUUUUAGGUAUAAAUUUAAUGUGUACAUUGAUGAAAAACUACAUCAACAAGUACAUACAAUGAAAGAGAGAAUCUUCAACUUUUGUUUCACAUCAGUACACUUCAACAUGGGAUCCAUUUGUUGCCCUGCAAAAGCCGAGACGAUAUUUAAGUUCUCGCCAUGUAUUCACCUACAUAUCAGGUGUAACUGUUCCAACCGCCGUGACGAUUCUUUCCCGUAAAUGGUUUAUGUCUUGGAUUUUUCCACUGUACACAACAUUUUUUAUGUGCCCUCAAAAGGAAAAAUCCAGAGGGGUUAAGUCCGGGCUCCGUGGUGGCCAAGCAAUUGGGCCAGUUCUCCAUCUUCCCGGAAAGUAAGUGUCUCGAGCCGCGCGCACAUGGUUAUUAUAUUGAGGAGGGGCGCCAUCUUGUUUGUGGGUCUGCAACUGCAGGGGCACAAAACUUAGACAGUUGCUGAAUCAAAUACCACAAACUAGAAUAGUCUAUAUCACUUUUUACAGAUUCUGACACAUUAAAACUAGGGAGUUCUUUUUCAAACACUCUGUAUUGUAGUCUUGUAGCCCUCCGCCGAUAGGUAAAGGUACAGGACCCGGACUGUACAUGUAUUUUAUACAUGUAUCUGCAGUAUCUGGGAUUCCUUUCGAAGUGCUAAUAAUAAUAAAAAGGAUAAUAUAAUAUAAAGGAUAUCAGUUCGUUAUUAUAUAUAAUUAAAUAAAUUUAUGUAUCUUGGUUUAAGUGCAGUAGCAUAUACAUGUUCUUAUAUUUAUUUUUUGUAAAGCUUUUUUGUAUUUUGUUUUUGGCAAAUAAAAUUCAUUCAUUCAUUCAAUAAUGCCGCGUGACCUGGCUGGCUCAGGUCUGGUGAGUUAUUAAAUUCAAAUGAAUAGCUUUUAUAUCAUUAAAUAAAAUUCCCUCGUUGCUCAUCCAACAUCAGUAUCCAGUGUUCGUGAAUUAGGCUAAUGAUCAGUCAACGAGCAAAGAAUCUCAUCCUCCCUUUACAAGAAAGUCCAUAAUUGAAUGUGAUUUAUAGAGUCAGUAGUAGUAGAUUUAGAAAUAUUCUAAAUAGUAACGUAUGAAGAAGCAAUAAUUAUGUAUUUUCAGAUUUAAUUCAACUUGCUCUUUUUUGGUCGAUAAUUUAUUGGAGACCUUAAUUUACGGACAGCUUUCUAUCCGUAGAAGUAGACCGUGUUUUUUUCUAUCUUUCUAUGAUGUAACCAAUGAAUCAAAUGUUCUGUUUCUUUAUACCUACUCAGCGAACCAUCUCCAAGCAUAUCCAAUUGCUACUUGUUCACACACGUAAUUCAAUUGAUUAUACAUAUUAUAAAUGUAAUAGAAUAUCUUUGUUCAAUUCAAUGAAAUCUUAUCUGGACAUUGAAA